GGCCUGGGCCAAGCCGCCUGUGGGUCACUCGGCAGCGCCGGAAGUCGGGGCGCGCAGGAUCCGGGAGGAGCCCUUGACCGCUUGCUGCCUGUGCGUCGGGGGAUCCUGGCAGCCAUGGUGUCAGACGAAGAUGAAUUGAAUCUUCUAGUUAUUGUAGUUGAUACCAACCCAAUUUGGUGGGGAAAGCAAGCAUUAAAGGAAUCUCAGUUUACUUUAUCAAAAUGCAUAGAUGCCGUGAUGGUGCUGGGAAAUUCUCAUUUGUUCAUGAAUCGUUCCAACAAACUCGCUGUGAUAGCAAGUCACAUUCAAGAAAGUCGAUUCUUAUAUCCUGGAAAGAAUGGCAGACUUGGAGACUUUUUUGGAGACCCUGGCAACCCUUCUUCUGAAUUCAGCCCCUCAGGGAGCAAGGAUGGGAAAUAUGAGUUGUUCACAGCAGCGAACGAAAUUAUCGCUGAAGAGAUUAAGGAUCUCAUGACCAAGAGUGAGAUAAAGGGUCAACAUACAGAAACACUGCUGGCAGGAUCCCUCGCCAAAGCUCUUUGCUACAUUCAUAGAAUGAACAAGGAGGUUAAAGAUAAUCAGGAAAUGAAAUCAAGGAUUUUGGUGAUUAAGGCUGCAGAGGACAGCGCGCUGCAGUAUAUGAACCUCAUGAAUGUCAUCUUCGCGGCACAGAAGCAGAAUAUUUUGAUCGAUGCCUGUGUUUUAGACUCGGAUUCAGGACUCCUCCAGCAGGCUUGUGACAUCACGGGGGGACUGUACUUGAAGGUGCCUCAGAUGCCUUCCCUUCUGCAGUAUUUACUGUGGGUUUUUCUUCCUGAUCAAGAUCAAAGAUCUCAGCUAAUCCUCCCACCCCCAAUUCAUGUGGACUACCGGGCAGCUUGCUUCUGUCAUCGAAAUCUCAUUGAAAUUGGCUAUGUCUGUUCUGUGUGCUUGUCAAUAUUCUGCAAUUUCAGUCCUAUCUGCACGACGUGCGAGACAGCCUUUAAGAUUUCUCUGCCUCCUGUGCUGAAGGCCAAGAAAAAGAAACUGAAAGUGUCCAUGUGAUCAUAAGACACCGCCCCCCCAAUCUUUCAGAGCCUAUUAAUAGAAAUUGUAUGGCGGAAUCUACGUUAGGAGGCCCUGAAAAAAUACAGCGUGUGUGGGAUAAUUUUGAAUGACGUUUCUUACAGAAAAGAUUUCUAGGCCAUUACCCUCAUGCUGUUUUUGGGGGACUGCUUUAUUUGAGGGAGUCAUUCUAUGCAAUCUUCUCUGACUGGUUUUUGUCCACAAAGGGAGAAGAAAGCACACAUUAGUUAGUGACUUUUUUUUUCUUCUUCUUCUUUUUUUUUUAAUGAGGUGAUCAUUGUCAGCCUGGCAUGACUGAUGGCAGGCCUUAGACUCUGUGACCCGAGUCUGGGUUCUGCCUGUGAAAUGUAUGACCAGUGAAAUCUGAGCACAGUUUUAGAAAAAGCGACCAUGCAGUAAUGGCAUUAAUCAAGACAGACCGUCUUCCUUGCAUCAACAGCUGACUUUGACGAUAGUCACGUAAAUAAAAUCCUUAUUGUCUAAGUUGAGAUUUAGCUUCAGAUACUAGCAGGUAGUUUUGCUUUUGUCUGACAUCACUGCGUGUCUGGACACAGUCAUCCACAUAAUAAUUGUUUGUCACUGAGUAAGUACAAAGUCUGAGCUUGAGAGUGUGGAGAAGGGGGUACGGUACUCUGGCAGCGACUUUCUCUUCAGAGAUAGUAGCGUGAAGAGCUUAUCUGUGAAAACUGGGUCUAGGUUUGGAGGGGGAAUUUCUUGGUGGAGAAUGGAUUCUUUCUGGUUCAGCAUUGUCCCCCAGAUAGAAUUCUUUUGUAAUGAGAAAAAAAAAGCAUUAAUGUUGGAGAACUGUUCUCUAGAAGCUUUGGAUUUACUACUGACAAGUGCGACAGGUCCAAAAUAAAAAGUAUUUUUAAUUUCAA